CCCCCGCCUGCGCUGAGGGCGAGGCGGCACCCGAUUGGCUGGCGGCGGCGGGGGCCGGGGCCGGGCGAGGCGCUUUUGUUCGGGCGGCGGCAGUGGCGGUGGGGUCAUGUCGUACGUGCCGGGGCAGCCGGUCACCGCUGUGGUGCAAAGAAUUGAAAUACAUAAGCUUCGUCAAGGUGACAAUUUGAUUUUGGGGUUCAGCAUUGGAGGUGGCAUUGAUCAGGAUCCUACUCAGAAUCCUUUCUCCGAAGACAAGACCGACAAGGGUAUCUAUGUAACAAGGGUAACAGAAGGAGGCCCAGCAGAAGUUGCAGGACUCCAGAUUGGAGAUAAGAUCAUGCAGGUGAAUGGCUGGGAUAUGACAAUGGUGACCCAUGACCAAGCAAGGAAGAGGCUGACAAAAAGGAAUGAAGAAGUCGUACGGCUGCUGGUGACCAGGCAAUCUCUGCAGAAGGCUGUGCAACAAUCCUUGAUGUCCUAAUCAGUUACCGAGUUGGGGAAGGGUUGGGGAGGGAGAUAUAUAGACUGAUGGUCAAGCAAGGAAGCAAAUCCUAGGCUGGAACGGGUUGGCUGGAAGGGGAGCAUGUUCCUAACUGUGGUAAACAUGAUUUUGAUUUUUAUUUUUCCUUCUUCUGAUGUAACUGGCAGUAGUAGAAUUCUGGUCCCUUCAGCAGAGUGCUU